CAAAUGCAACAACAAAUGAUGUUGCAACAACAACAACAAAAGCUACAAGGGAAUUGUGUCAAUGUCCCUUGCAACAACCUACCGGCAUUGCAUACACAGUCCCAGCCGCUCCCGCACUCACAACCGACGCAUCAAAUUCAUCAUCACCAAGACCGAUAUCAUCACGAACAACACCAACAACAGCUGCAUCAGCAACAACUGCACCAGCAGCAGUUGAUCACUCGGCAACAACAGGAACACAACUUGCAUCACCAGCAGCAGCAGCACCAACAGUUCCCGUCCCCCAACUGUGGCGCCCCUCACACGCCAAGAGCCGCCACAGCGAGGCCUGCUACGGGGCCCCAGCCGAGCUACGACUCGUACCGACGUGGCCCGUGGCCCCACACGCCGGGGAUGUCGCCUCAUUCGAGCCCCAUCAGCCCCGGCAGAUUAACGCUCGUCAAAACGAGUCGGGGACACGUUCUGCCACCGCGGCCCUUCUCCUCAGACACUGGUCCUCCAAGCGAGGAGUGCCGACAUCGCAGCCCCUACGGAUCUCACUCACAAUCUCCAAGGUAACCAGCAGGGAAGCUUGUCAAGCCCUAUGGACCAACUGCAGCUCCACAGCAGGAGCAGCACGCCCCUCUUAGCAAACCGACAUCAGGUCGCUGGGUUAAAGCCUAACGACACUCCCAUGCAUGAAGUCUUGACUCCCAGAACUGUGCGAUCUCUACUAGUUUCUCCCAACGAUGCGUUCGCUCAGAAAUUCCCUGAUUCUAUUGGCCAGCAGCAGCAGCAGCACUCGCGCAACGCCUCGCACUGCCCGUCUUUUGGCCAGCCUUUAAACCGACGAUAAACUUAAUUGUGACCUUGCGACAUGUCGGAUGCACAUCCCGUUCUCAAAAUGCUGUCAUUUUAUUUAUAGCAGUAUUAUAUAGUAUUAACAUUAUUUGAUCACAAGGUGACUGAAACAUCCAACACAAGUGUUGUCCACGCAUUAUCUUCACUAGAAACUUAGUGACUGGAAACCCUUGCAUUUAUGUCACGUCAGUUUAGGACAUGCUUGAAAUAUCAAGCAAUCUCCAUGUUCACUCGAAGUCCAAAGAUUUCAGCGCUGAAGACCAUGGGAGGAAAAUAUGGACACACAAAAACAUUAAUAAAUUUUCGGACAAGAAAGCUCGAAUUUGCUUUAUUUACAGAAUUGUGUGAUAUUAAAGACCUCUCCAUUAGAAGGAAAACUGAAAUAAAUUUUGCGUUUGUGGGCCAAAACUCGCUGGAUUGUUACAAUCUGAAGAAAGAUUCAUUGGACCUACAAGAAUAUCACCGUGCCUUGGACUGAUUCAAGCUUGACAAUGAAUACUAGUGUAAAAAGUUGCUCAUUAGAACUACAAACUAAUCUAAAACGUGAUGUGUGAAAAGUAAAACACAGCAGAACAAUCGACGAGGAUUUUCGCAAAUAUUUAUACAUUGAAGUUGAUGUAAUAGACGAGUGAAGACAUUCAUGUACAGGUUUAUAAGAUUUAGGACAUAAUGUGAUUUAUGUUCAUCACAAAAUAACUAUUUUUGGUUUAGUUAUGAAUGUGAUAAGGUUUUAGCUGCAUUUAUAAAAGCCCUCUUGUUAAAUGGAACAAAGGUUUUGAAUAUUCAAUAGAGUACUAGAGCCGUGAUGUUAUCUAACGUUGAGGAAUAAUGAGAUCAUAAAAUGGAUAAUCCACUCCAACUGUCAUUACUUUCAGUAAUGACCGAUUAAUUUACAGAGCAAUAGUAAUAGUUUAAGAUUGCGUUAUGAAACAGCAAUUUAAGAUAGCGUUUAAGAAACGGUGGUCUAAGAUUGCGUUCAAUAGUUUGAGAUAGCGUUUAAGAAACAGGUAUUUAAGAUUGCGUUUUUUCCUGUUUCUGGAUUCAUAGAAUCCAGAAACAGGAAAACAUCAACUGCAAAUGUUCUGGCUCC